AUGGUUGGGCUAUUCCGUGUCCUCAAGGACAUCGCACGCACCCCAAGUCCAUUUGACGGGGCCUCCGUUUCCUUUUCUCUCGGUUCAACUACUGUUGAAGAAUUGACUUACUCUCUCCCUACUGAGGCUGUUCAAUGGGAACAGCAAGAGCUCAAGGCCGAGCUCUACCAGAGCCUGUUCGCUGCGUUGGCUGAACAUGGCGACCUCCCGCCCGACGAGCCUUCCUCUCCCGCUGAAGCGGUCCGGCUUCCAAACGGUUAUUUUAUUGCUCACAGCCAGCUCUACAGUCCUUCGGUCUAUAGUGACCAUGACAUUGCCGAAGAGCACAUCAUCGAAGAACACAUCGCUGAAGAGCGCGUUGUCGAACAGCCCAUUGUUGAAGAGCAGCGCUACGCUAAAAAUGUGACUUUUAAGGAUUAUGCCCAUCUCGUUGAAAAUCUCCAUGGGCUCCCAAUGGAUCAGGCAUCGAGCUCUAUUUCCUUGAAGGACGCUUCCAUCGAAGCGGUUUCUAUCAAGGAAUUCUCUAUCAAGGACACCGUUUCUAUCAAAGACUACGCUUCUACUGCCCAGUCAAGCACUUCUAUCCCUCGUCGUGGCAUCUUCCGAUUAAUUCGUGAGAAGAGCGCCCGCGCUAUAAAAGCAAUCAAGACUGCAAUCCGUCGCCGUCGUGACAAACCCUACGAUGACUGGCCGAUCGGCGACUCCGACGGCACGACCAAGGCAUCUGAUCAACCUAGAAAGGCAAGCGACGCAACAGCCUCAUCUGAAGAAACCAAGGAUAGUGCUGCUACCGUUUAUCAUUGGUCAUCGAAACAUGUCAAACACCCUAUACAAACCACGUCCUCGAGUGAAAGCCUUAGCGACCCUCGAACCUCUCGCAGUACCACUUUCGUCUAUCAGCCUUCGAACUAUGACCCUCCUGCUGUAUCCUGUCUGCCUGAAUAUAGUCUACCUCAUCGACUCUUUUCCGAUCUUAGUUUACAUGGCCGUCAAAUGACUGCUUUCAUCUCUUACAAUGAUCUCGCCCGCAAAUUCGGGUUCUAUACCCUGUGCCCGCCCGAGUAUGAUCCUAUCAACUUCCAAAUGUUUAUACGCCUUCGUCCCUCAAAGAGAGAAUUGAUUCUUCGAAAAGUCCGGAGUCUCGGUUCACACAUUCGUCCUCGUUCUCCUAACCGUCGUGUCCAGAAUUUGCGACGCAUGAGAACAUUCGCCAACUUAUCCCUGAAAUACUACAAAAUGGACUCUCUCAAAGGCAAGGACCUUGCGACCAUGGGCCGCUUGUGCGGCUAUGGCUCUCUCAAGUUACCCGGUGACUGUGCUCCCGCAGUAAUGAGGCUUCCUGCUCCAAUUGUCUCGCUUAUUUCUUAUUUGGUGACUCAUGGCCCCAAAGCACGAAACGUCUUUGCCGAGCCCGGCGACCUAGUCGUCGCUUCCCUUAUAUAUGAUCACUUUGCAAACCAGAUUCUCGCACCCGACGAUGAGAUCAUUGGUAAAAUGGCUGUCAGAAGGAGCCUCGACUUCUCAGAUGAAGUCUUUGGAGUUCAUUCUGAGAGCGAGACCUUUUUGCGCGGACGCUUCCACGUCCUCUCUGUCGCAUGGGCCUUUAAAUACAUCCUGGCCUGUAUUCCCGGCGGUUUUCUGGGCGCGCCCCGUCUAUACAGCACACUUGUUGAUAUCUUACACCAAAAAUUCCCCAACGAACCUGCCUUUCCAGAACGCGGCUUGAAUGGAGCUCUGCCGGAAGUCUCUCCAACCAAAGCUCGUGCUAUCUCACUAGCAAUCCUUGCUCUUACGAACGACUUGCAACUCGAUUUUCUCUGUGCUAUAUUCGGUCUUUGUUCAUUUCUUGAUCACGAAACCAGAACAAUGCUUGACUUUUACCGAUCCAAGAACAUCCCUCUCAUCAAUCGGGCAUGUUUAUUGGAUCGCAAACGAAUCCUUCUGACCUUCGCUCCUCUACUUUGUGAAGAGACCAAGGAUCUUAACGAUGAUGAUUAUGGCUGUGAAGCCUUUUGGGUUAUGGCUAUGAUGUUGGACUAUUGGCGCGUAGUGAGCCGCCAGUUGUGUGAUGCUGAAAUUUGA